AUGAGUAUCCCGAGUGUGAGUAGCAUUGUGAUCUUAGAUGACGAAGGGAAGCGGGUCGCAGUCAAGUAUUACGAAACAUUGAAGCGCGCACGAGACGUACAGUUCACGUUUGAGCGAAAUUUGUUUACCAAGUCGUCCCAUUUAAGUGGGAAAGGCGAAGUAGAACUUCUGAUUCUCGAUGACUACAUCGCUGUCCACAAAGCCAGCCACGACUUGCGUUUCUAUGUAGCUGCACGUCACGAUGAAAACGAAUUGAUUUUAGUAUCAGUUCUUGAAACUUUGUAUGAGGCACUUUGUACUCUUUUGAGAGGAGUAGUCGACAAACACGCUGCAUUAGAAAACCUUGACCUCGUCCUAUUAGUCAUCGACGAGUUAAUAGAUGGUGGGCUUAUAUUGGAAACAGAUCCGACCACUAUUGUGAAUCGUGUUUCGAUGGAAGAAAGUAUGGAGCACUCCCUUACAGAACAAACCAUUUCUCAAGCGCUGGCCACGGCUCGUGAACAGAUAUCUCGUAACUUAUUACGCUGA